GCUAGAUACCAGAUUAUGAAUACCCUAAAUACCCGAAAUAAUCUUAGUAUUACUAAUAUCUAUAAACUUCCCUUAAAUUCGAAUAUUCUCGUAUAUAAUUGGGAUGGGCUAUAUAAGCUAGUAGCCAUUAAUGGGAAGAACUAUAUACUAGCUUUAUUAUAUAGUAAUACUACCUUUUACUUAAUCUCUAUAAAGCCCUUUUAU